AUGGACAUUUUGAUUAUCUUCUUUAAAAUUGAGAUCAUUGAAUAUGCAAUGGAAUGGAUUGAUGAUACUUCUGGCGUCGAGUUCUCUGACCUUUUUGUUCGAAAUGUGAGUCACUUGCGUGAAUAUCAUAAGCAAGUCCUCCACCGGACCCCAUCUCUCCGAGAGAUACCAAAAGAGCACUUUCGUCUUCGUAUUUUCCGAGAAUCUGAAAUCAAGAUAGCGACUAGUCAGCAAUCACGCUCCACUGAACUUACAUCAACAACUGGAAGAAUCUGCAACAACUUUGAAAGUCUGUAA